AUGGACGUACCCACGCCCAAGGACACAGAUGUGCCGGGCGGCUUCCCGGAGACGCCCAGCACCAUGCACACAGACGGCGCGCAGACGCCAACGCCAGGAACAGGAGGACUUCACGCAGCUGUCGGGGCCCCCAUCUUGACAGGUGGGAGGGCGCCCGCCGCUGGAGCUGAGGCUGCUGCUGCUGAGCCCUCGCCCACCAGCACGCUCCCGAAGCAACACCAUGUCAGCGACAACAUGAACCACGAGGAGACAACCACGACCAGCUCGGCGAGCACCACGCCCAACGAGACGACCAGCAAGCCACCGCUGGAGAAGCGCCCGACCGGCCACACGGAAGAUGACCUCUUUCGCAUCCUGUCGCGCCGUCGGACGUCCAACACGCACGCCACCAGCAAGGACGAUGACGAUCAGGAAGACCAGUCGCAGGAGAUCAACCGGCUCAUGUCGCGCAUGUUUGGCAACGCGCGCCAGGAGCAGAGCGAGGAGGAGAACACGCGGCACGCGGGCGUCGUGUUCCGCAACCUGACCGUCAAGGGCGUCGGUCUGGGCGCGUCGCUGCAGCCGACGGUGGGCGACGUCUUCCUCGGGCUGCCGCGCGCCCUCAAGAACCUUCUCACAAAGGGCCCCAAGGCGGCACUGGCCAAACCCCCCGUGCGCGAGCUGCUGAGCCAGUUUGACGGCUGCGUCCGACCGGGCGAGCUGCUGCUGGUGCUGGGCCGACCCGGAUCGGGCUGCUCGACGUUCCUCAAGACAUUCUGCAAUCAGCGCGCAGGCUACGAGGGCGUCGAGGGUGACGUGACGUACGGGGGCACCAGCGCGGAGGACAUGGCCAAGCACUUUCGCGGCGAGGUCAUCUACAACCCAGAGGACGACCUGCACUACGCGACGCUGACGGUGAAGCGGACACUGGCGUUUGCGCUGCAGACGCGGACGCCCGGCAAGGAGUCUCGACUCGAGGGCGAGACGCGGCAGGACUAUGUGCGCGAGUUCCUGCGCGUGGUGACCAAGCUCUUCUGGAUCGAGCACACGCUCGGGACGCGCGUGGGCAACGAGUUCAUUCGGGGCGUAUCGGGAGGCGAGCGCAAGCGCGUGUCCAUUGCCGAGGCCAUGAUCACGCGGGCGUCGGUGCAGGGCUGGGACAACUCGAGCAAGGGCCUCGACGCGUCGACGGCGCUCGAGUACGUCCGCAGCAUCCGCGCCAUGACCAACAUGGCGGACGUGACGACGGCCGUCUCGCUCUACCAGGCGGGCGAGUCGCUCUACAACCUGGCCGACAAGGUGCUGCUCAUCGACGAGGGCAAGUGCCUCUACUUUGGACCCUCGGAGGGCGCCAAAAAGUACUUUCAGGACCUGGGCUUUGCGUGUCCCGAGCGCUGGACGACGCCCGACUUUCUCACGUCCGUCUCGGACCAGCACGAGCGCAGCGUCCGCGAGGGCUGGGAGGACAGGAUCCCACGCACCGCCGACGAGUUUGCGGCCGCGUACCGUCGCAGCGAGGCCUACCAGAACAACCUGCGGGAUAUCGAGGACUUUGAGACGCAGCAGCUGCAGCGCCAGCAGUCGCAGCGGGAGCGUAACGCGUCCAAAAAGUCGGCCGAGAAGAACUACACGCUGCCCUUCCACCAGCAGGUCAUGGCCUGCACGAAGCGGCAGUUUCUCGUCAUGACGGGCGACCGGGCCUCGCUCUUUGGCAAAUGGGGUGGUCUCGUCUUCCAGGGUCUCAUUGUCGGCUCCCUCUUUUAUAAUUUGCAGCCGACGGCGGCGGGUGCCUUUCCACGCGGCGGCACGCUCUUCUUCCUCCUCCUCUUCAACGCGCUGCUCGCCCUCGCCGAGCAGACGGCCGCGUUCGAGUCCAAGCCCAUUCUGCUCAAGCACAAGUCCUUCUCCUUUUACCGGCCGGCGGCGUACGCCAUUGCGCAGACCGUCGUCGACGUGCCCCUCAUCUUCAUCCAGGUCGUCCUCUUCAACCUCAUCAUCUACUUCAUGGCCAACCUGGCCCGGACGGCCUCGCAGUUCUUCAUCGCCACUCUUAUUCUUUGGCUCGUCACCAUGACCACCUACGCCUUCUUCCGCGCCAUCUCGGCCUGGUGCAAGACCCUCGACACCGCCACCCGCUUCACCGGCCUCUCCAUCCAGAUCCUCGUCGUCUACACGGGCUACCUGAUCCCGCCCUCGUCCAUGCCCGUCUGGUUCAGCUGGCUGCGCUGGAUCAACUGGAUCCAGUACGGCUUCGAGUGCCUCAUGGCCAACGAGUUUGCCUUUCUGCAGAUUGAGUGCGUCCCGCCCUACCUCGUGCCCCAGGUUCCCGGUGCCGAGCCCCAGUACCAGUCGUGCGCCCUCAAGGGCAGCGUCCCCGGGGAGACCACCGUCUCGGGCGCGGCCUACAUUGACGCGGCCUUUGAGUACAGUCGCUCGCACCUGUGGCGCAACUUUGGCUUCCUCUGGGCGUUCUUCUUCGCCUUUGUCCUCCUCACCACCGUCGGCAUGGAGUGCAUGAAGCCCAACGCGGGCGGCGGCGCCAUCACCGUCUUUAAGCGCGGCCAGGUGCCCAAGACGCUGGAAAAGGCCAUUGAGACGGGCGGCCGCGACGAGAAGGGGUCCUCGGAUGAGGAGGCGGGGCCGACUGCCCACGUCACGCCCGCCAUGGCCGACGAGGGUCACGAGGAGCAGCAGCAGAACCUGGACACAACCAACCAGGUCGCCAAGAACGAGACCGUCUUCACCUUUCAGAACGUCAACUACACGAUCCCCUACGAAAAGGGCGAGCGCAAGCUGCUGCAGGACGUCCAGGGCUACGUGCGUCCCGGCAAGCUGACGGCGCUCAUGGGCGCGUCGGGCGCGGGCAAGACGACGCUGCUCAACACGCUCGCGCAGCGCAUCAGCUUCGGCACCGUCGCGGGCGACUUUCUCGUCGACGGCCGCCCGCUCCCCGUGUCCUUCCAGCGGGCGACGGGCUUUGCCGAGCAGAUGGACGUCCACGAGCCGACGGCGACAGUGCGCGAGGCCCUCCAAUUCUCCGCCCUCCUACGCCAGCCCAGAGAGACGCCGCGCCAGGAGAAGCUAGACUACUGCGAGACCAUUAUCGACCUGCUCGAGCUACACGACAUUGCGGGUGCGACGAUUGGCACCAUUGGCUCCGGGCUGGACCAGGAGCAGCGCAAGCGUCUGACGAUUGGCGUCGAGCUCGCGUCCAAGCCGGAGCUGCUCUUCUUCCUCGACGAGCCGACGUCCGGCCUCGACUCGGGCGCGGCCUUUAACAUUGUGCGCUUCCUGCGCAAGCUCGCCGAUGCGGGCCAGGCCGUCCUCUGCACCAUCCACCAGCCCUCGGCCGUCCUCUUUGAGCACUUUGACGAGCUGCUGCUCCUCAAGAGUGGCGGACGCGUCGUCUACCACGGGCCCCUGGGCCACGACAGCCAGCACCUCAUUGAGUACUUUGAGGCCAACGGCGCCCACAAGUGUCCCCCCGACGCGAACCCAGCCGAGUACAUGCUCGACGCCAUCGGCGCGGGUGACCCCGACUACCGGGGCCAGGACUGGGGUGAUGUCUGGGCGCGGUCCAAGGCCCACGAGGAGCGCAGCCGCGAGAUUGCCGACAUGAUCGAGAAGCGAAGCCACGUCGAGCCGUCGGCCUCGCUGCGCGACGACCGCGAGUACGCCGCGCCCCUGUCGACGCAGACCUGGCUCGUGGUGCAGCGGUCCUUUGUCGCGUACUGGCGCACGCCCAACUACAUUAUCGGCAAGUUCAUGCUGCACAUCCUCACGGGGCUCUUCAACUGCUUCACGUUUUUCCAGAUUGGCUUCUCCAGCACCGACUACCAGAACAGGCUCUUCUCCGUCUUCAUGACCCUCACCAUCUCGCCGCCGCUCAUCCAGCAGCUGCAGCCCGUCUUUCUGAAUGCGCGCAACAUCUUUGAGUCGCGCGAGAACAAUGCCAAGAUCUACUCGUGGUUCGCGUGGACGACGGCGGCCGUCGUGGUCGAGAUCCCGUACGCCAUUGUCGCGGGGGGUGUCUACUUCAACUGCUGGUGGUGGGGCAUCUUUGGCCUCGACGUGUCCGCCUUUGCCUCGGGCUUCGCCUUCCUCCUCGUCCUCCUCUUUGAGCUGUACUACGUGUCCUUUGGCCAGGCCAUUGCCUCCUUUGCACCCAACGCGCUGCUCGCCUCGCUCCUCGUCCCCAUCUUCUUCCUCUUCGUUGUCUCCUUUUGCGGCGUCGUCGUGCCCCCGCAGCAGCUGCCCACGUUCUGGCGCAGCUGGAUGUACUGGCUCUCCCCCUUCCACUACCUGCUCGAGGGUUUGCUGGGCGUCGCCAUCCACGACCUGCCCGUCCGCUGCACGGCCGCCGAGUUUGCCCAGUUCACGCCCCCGCCGGGCACUUCGUGCGACGAGUACAUCCUGCCCUUUAUCCAGCAGGCCGGCGGCUACGUCGAGACGGGCGCCGGGGGCGUCUGCAACUACUGCCAGUUCGCGACGGGGGACGAGUUUGGACGCAGCUUCAGCGUCUACUACUCGAACAAGUGGCGCGACUUUGGUAUCUUUUGUGGUUUCAUUGCGUUUAAUUACUUUGUCAUCUUUGCCGCCACCUUUUUGCGCUUCAACGGCAGGAAUCCGUUGAAGGCCGUCCUGGCCAAGAAGCAGAUGGCCAAGCAUUGA